ACCAAGAAAAAUAUUUGGGGUCUUUUUUUAAUCCGUGUUUCACAGUGUCCUGCCGUUUCUGCCUCGCAGGAACACAUAUGUAUUGCGCGUUGAAGGCUCAGUCACGCACAUGUUAAAAAUGAAGUCCAUAUUUUUGUUGUUUUUCAUCAUUUGGUUUGCAGAUGCAGAGCUAAAACCGCGGAAAGGGUCCGGGGUAGUAUGUACUUUCAAAGACAAGACAUACAGCCCAGGAGACAGCUGGCAUCCCUAUCUGGAGCCCAUCGGAUUCAUGUUCUGCAUGCGCUGUGUCUGCACAGAGACAGGCCAUGUGAAAUGUAGCACAAUCAAGUGUCCUGCUCUGCCAUGUGAGAACCCAGUAGCUGAGCCUCAGCAGUGUUGUCCAAGAUGCACAGAUGAGCCCAGGAUCCCUGCAGGGCUGAGAGCUUCAGUGAAAUCCUGCAGGUAUAAUGGAAGUAUUUAUCAGCCAGGGGAGACCUUCACUAAGCACGACCUCUUCCCAUCCAAGCAAAGCAAUCAGUGUGUUAUGUGCACAUGCUCUAAUGGAAACAUCUUCUGUGCUCUGAAAACAUGCCAACCAAUCACAUGUUCCUCACCAGUCUCAGUUCCAGAUACCUGCUGUUUGGUGUGUAAAGAUCAUGGCACCAGUGGGUCGUCAUCAACUGAGGAUGGAAACCAACAACUGAACAGAGGCGUUAGGCAUUCAGUGGACCAGUGUUCUGGAGAGCAGAGCAGGGCGCGGCCCGACAGGGCCACUCCACCCAGGGUCAGGACUUCUCCUAGAGGCCUGAGCCUCAGUAAACUUAACCUCAAAGGGGCUUCAGAGACUACUGUGAAGAUUUUGUUGCAGAGGAAACACCAAAGAGCGUGUUUAUACAAUGGCAAGACGUACUCUCAUGGAGACAUAUGGCACCCAGUUUUGGGUAAGGUCCUGGAAUGCAUCCUGUGCACUUGUACUGAUGGCCUCCAGGACUGCAAACGCAUCACGUGUCCCAGCCAGUACCCAUGCCAACAUCCUAUGAAACCAGCAGGAAAGUGCUGCAAGACUUGUCCAGAAAGUAAAGCUGAAAGUAACCAGACCCAGUGUUAUCUCGGCUAUAAGAACAACCUCUUGGUGUAUAAGGUGGAAUCAUCUUUGAAGGUUGACUCACCCAACACAGUUAGAAUCAUUGCUGUUGAAAGACAAAGUACUGCUGAGGUUGAAGUGCAAGUAUGGAAGGCUGUAGAAGGUACUGUAAAUACUGGUCUUUUACAACUAAUGGAAAUUGGUGACGUUCAAAGAAAAGAUAUUAUGGAUCAUCCAGAGAAUUACACAUUACUUACAACCCUGGAUGAAGACACGUGGAGAAAAUUUAAAGAGGAGGGAGACAAUCUGAGUAAAGCUUCUCAGACCACAAUUUGUGAAGACGGCAUUCGGGAGAUGGUGACUUUCCUAAAUCCCAAGCAGAUAGAAGACCUGUGUUCACCCUAAUAGUUUUUCCUCCCUUGACACUCUUUAUAUCUCCAAUAACUACAUGGUUAACAUACAGUACAUACUUUUUUCAUACAUGUUGCACUUGGUUGUCCCACGUCAUUCCUGUAAUACAAGUGGAAUUUCUCAUUUAUUAUAUUGUUUAUUGUUUUAUACAUUGUUGUCAAUCGUGUUUUAAUCAUCACACAUUUUUAUUUGUAAAUUAUUAGGUUACAAAACACAGGCCGUAGCUGUGUUUGAUAACUGUCAUGGUCAUAAACUGGCAGAUAGUUCUGCCUCCUGUCGUGAUUCAAACAUUAUUAGAUUGGGUGGAUUUAGGUGCAAGCUCUAAACAAAAUGCAACAAAAGGCUUUGUUGACUCAAUGAUGUUAAUAUGUGCAUCUAUUGAAUGACUGAGGCAAUAUCAGUAUUUCUCAAACCCUUUGCUUUAACCAUAUGAAAAUAAUUAGUAUUUUAGAAUAUGUUGGCCAAGAGGCCACGCUCUGUUCAGAAUGUUAAGGGUUUUUAAGGAUGUUAUAUGAUCAUCAACAUAUUUAUUGUAAAUACAAAUUGAGGAUUUGUCACCUUAUUUAAAGCGUAUUGGUUCUUGUAUGAUUUCUGUGUACAUACAUUUGACUGUCUGAAUGUUUUUUGCAUGUAGCAGAAAGAGGCAUUGCAUUGGGGUUCAGUCUGCCAGUGAAUACACAGCUGUGUCACAACUGUGUAUUUGUUAGCGUGAAAACAGCCUUCCCAAUUCUUUCUAAUAAAUAUAGACCUACUCUAGCUUUUCUAGCUUUUAUACAGCCACAGGAUUUGGUUUGUUAUCAGAGCCUAAUGGCAUUUUACAACUCCACAUACCAGAAAUAUUUGUAUUUUAAAGUGGUCAUAGUUGAUGUAGCUGAAAUCAGUCUGUACCUCUGCUCACAAUUUUAACCCAUAAAGUUGUCUCAGUGUUUUACACCAGUGAA